UAUGGUCUAUGAGCCAUGUACAGCCCAGCCCCUAUGGCACCCAGAGUGCUCUGGAAGCUGCCAUUUAUGUCGUGUGCCCCGCAGGACAACCCAAUGCCACACGCGUCACUAACCCUGCUCCCUUUCUCGAAGGUGCCUGAGAUCAUCAGUUCCAUCCGGCAGGCGGGGAAGAUCGCCCGCCAGGAGGAGCUGCGUUGCCCCUCAGAAUUCGAUGACACCUUUGCCAAAAAGUUCGAGGUACUCUUCUGCGGCCGGGUCACCGUGGCCCACAAGAAGGCACCGCCAGCACUGAUUGAUGAGUGUAUUGAGAAGUUCAACCACGUGAGCUGUGGCCGCAGAGACUGGGACGCACCCACGGGGCAGCCCUCAGCACCAGGUGCCCGGCCUAUGCGCAAGUCCUUCUCCCAGCCCGGGCUGCGCUCACUGGCCUUCAGGAAGGAGUUCCAGGACACCAGCCUCCGAAGUAGCACCUUCAGCUCCUUCGACAAUGACAUUGAAAACCACCUCAUCGGAGGACACAAUGUGGUUCAGCCCACAGACAUGGAGGAGAACCGAACUAUGCUCUUCACGAUUGGCCAAUCUGAAGUUUACCUAAUCAGUCCCGACACCAAAAAGAUUGCACUGGAGAAAAAUUUUAAGGAGAUAUCCUUUUGCUCUCAGGGCAUUAGGCACGUGGACCACUUUGGGUUUAUAUGCCGGGAGUGCUCGGGCGGUGGCGGCUUUCAUUUCGUCUGUUACGUGUUCCAGUGCACAAAUGAAGCCCUGGUUGACGAGAUCAUGAUGACUCUGAAGCAGGCUUUCACGGUGGCCGCUGUGCAGCAGACUGCUAAGGCACCAGCCCAGCUGUGUGAGGGCUGCCCCUUGCAGGGCCUGCACAAGCUCUGCGAGAGGAUAGAGGGAAUGAAUUCAUCUAAAACGAAGUUAGAACUCCAGAAGCACCUGACCACACUGACCAAUCAGGAGCAGGCAACCAUUUUCGAGGAAGUUCAGAAAUUGAGGCCAAGAAAUGAGCAGCGAGAGAAUGAAUUAAUUAUUUCUUUUCUGAGAUGUUUAUAUGAAGAGAAGCAAAAAGAGCACAACCACAUUGGGGAACCAAAGCAGACACCACAGGUGGCAGCAGAGAAUAUCGGGAGUGAACUGCCACCCAGUGCUACCCGGUUCAGGCUAGAUAUGCUGAAGAACAGAGCAAAGAGGUCCUUAACAGAAUCCUUGGAGAGCAUCCUGUCCCGGGGUAGUAAAGCCAGAGGCCUGCAGGAACAUUCCUCCAGCGUGGAUCUGGACAGCUCCACUUCUAGUACUCUGAGUAACACCAGCAAAGAGCUGUCCAUGAGUGACAAAGAGGCGGUGCCCGUCUCUGAGAGCUCCUUCAAGCUCCUUGGCUCCUCAGAUGACCUGUCCAGUGACUCAGAGAGCCACAUUGCAGAAGAGUCCGCUCUCCUGUCACCCCAGCAGGCAUUCAGAAGGAGAGCCAACACCCUGAGUCAUUUCCCUGUGGAGAGCCAGGCGCCUCCAGAGCCUGCUCAGAGCUCUCCAGGGGUCUCUCAGAGAAAACUCAUGAGGUAUCACUCCGUGAGCACAGAGACGCCUCAUGAACACAAUGUGGACCGUCUUCCUGGGGGUGAGUCUAAGUGCUGUUCAGGGCAGCCUUCAGUUCCUCCUCCGGCUCGUCUUAAUCCCUCCGCUUCCUCACCCAACUUUUUUAAGUACCUAAAACACAAUUCCAGUGGCGAACACAGUGGGAAUGCUGUGCCCAAAAGUGUCUCCUACCGUAAUGCCCUGCGGAAAAAACUCCAUUCUUCCUCCUCUGUGCCAAAUUUUCUAAAAUUUCUGGCUCCUGUAGAUGAAAAUCACACCUGUGACUUUAUGAACACGAACAGGGACUUUGAAUCCAAAACAAACCACCUGGGUGACACAGAUGGGACCCCUGUGAAGACCCGGCGGCAUUCAUGGAGACAGCAGAUAUUUCUUCGAGUGGCCACUCCACAGAAGGCAUGUGAUUCCCCAAGCAGAUAUGAAGAUUAUUCAGAGCUGGGAGAGCUCCCUCCACGAUCCCCAUUAGAGCCAGUGCGUGAAGAUGGACCAUUUGGCCCUGUACCAGAAGAAAAGAAGAAGACAUCUCGAGAGCUUCGAGAGCUGUGGAAAAAGGCUAUUCUGCAGCAGAUACUGCUGCUCAGGAUGGAGAAGGAGAAUCAGAAGCUGCAAGCCUCUGAGAAUGAUUUGCUGAACAAACGCCUGAAGCUUGAUUAUGAAGAAAUCACUCCUUGUCUUAAAGAAGUAACCACAGUGUGGGAAAAGAUGCUUAGCACUCCAGGAAGAUCCAAAAUUAAGUUUGACAUGGAAAAAAUGCACUCAGCUGUUGGGCAAGGUGUGCCACGUCAUCACCGGGGUGAGAUCUGGAAAUUUCUAGCUGAGCAGUUCCUCCUUAAACAUCCCUUUCCCAGUAAACAGCAGCCAAAGGAUGUGCCCUACAAAGAACUCUUAAAGAAACUGACCUCCCAGCAGCAUGCCAUCCUCAUUGACCUUGGGCGAACCUUUCCAACGCAUCCAUACUUCUCUGCCCAGCUUGGAGCAGGCCAGCUGUCACUUUACAACAUCCUGAAGGCCUACUCGCUUCUGGACCAGGAAGUAGGAUACUGCCAAGGUCUCAGCUUUGUGGCAGGCAUUUUGCUUCUUCAUAUGAGUGAGGAAGAGGCUUUCAAGAUGCUCAAGUUCCUGAUGUUUGACAUGGGUCUUCGGAAACAGUAUCGGCCAGACAUGAUUAUUUUACAG